AGCCCACGCUAGUAGGGAUACUGCUGGACGCCAAGGCACGAGGCAACACGAAGAACAACAAGGGCCUGACACCAAUACAUCUGGCAGUGGCCAAGAAGAACCCCAGUGUCGAGUGUUUGAAGAGACUCAUACGGUCCAAGUGUGACCCGAACACACAGGAUGAGGACGGAGAUACGCCCCUUCACGAUGCCAUCAGAACCCAGAACCAGCAUCUUCUUGACCCCUUCCUGGCGUGUGACCUGCUGAACCUCAGACUGGCCAACUCUGAUGGUUGCAACCCUGUCCAUGAAGCAUGUACGUCCCUCGCUUGGGCAUCAGAGUACGUUUACCGCCUGAAGCUGUCUCUACCAAUGUAACCCUCAACACAAAGAACGUCCCCUCGCUGGGGCAUCAGAGUUUCCACAAGCACUGAUAAAGAAAGACCCGAAGAUCGUCAACGUUCCAAUGAACAACGCCCUCACCCCAAUACACAUAGCAGCUUUCAGGAGCUUUGUGGCACUGGCAGGUGUCCUGGUUAAGGCUGGGUGUAACGUCAAUGCACGAGACGACAAUGGCAAGACAGCUCUUCAUCUGGCUGUGCAAGGAUGUAAUCUGCAGAUGGUCCAACUGCUCCUAGAGUCUGGAGCGGAAAUUAACGUACAGGACCAAGAUGGCAAUUCUCCUCUCCACGCCGCCCACAUGGACAGCACCCUGCCAGGAGCUGAGGGUUCCAAGGACGAAGACAUGGCACUGGAGAUAGCUGCCAUCUCGCUGAACGUGGAGGAGACAUCGGGCUGAAAAACAAGGCCGGGAAGACGCCCCUUGAGUUCGUGAAAAACAAAGAAGUCCGAGCAAUGCUUGUUAGGUAGGACUGAUGACGUCA